GGUCGUAUAUAAAUAAGUGAGACUAUCGAAUUGGUAUCACAGCAGACUUUACAGUUCACCACCGCUACCUUCUGACUGACUGCCAUAAGCCCUACUACUUGUAUACUAUCUGCCAUCACGCUACUGGCUCGGAAAUCUCGUUUCAUACUCAGCCUCCCCACUUCUACCCACUCGCCCUCUACUUCUGACCGCUUCUCUCAAAUCACUAGCCAUCUAUUUCUGACAGCCUCUCUCAACUCUUCAGCUACUCUUCUGUAUGAACUUCAGCAUUUAACGCGCCGUGCUGUUUAUUUGCCUUCUUGAAGUCUCCAGUUCAUAUUCAAGCUUGUACCGUUUAGAAGUUAUGUCUCUUCGAUCCGCAUCGGAGGACACUGAUGAGUCAGUUGACCAGUCCGCCAUAUCCCUUCUGCAAAGGUCUUCGGAAAAUGGAGCACAAUUUUUCCCAAAAAAACGUUCACACAUAAGACGUGCCCUCGACACCGUUACCCUAUCUUGUCUCUUUGCUAUCUCAAUUGUCGUUAUCUACAGCUUAUUCCAGUACCAGGAUAAACAGCCAGUACUCAAGUCUCGAACAUUCACCUGCGGCAAUACAAUAGCUGAUGCACAGCAAAACAACUGUGUUUAUGAUCCUCUGGCUGUCAGUUGGGUCCCUCGGGAAUGUCUUGACUCUACAUCUCUUCAAGAGUAUAACGACCACGGCCCAUGGGAAUAUUUCCAGAACAAGAAUAGGUCCGGUAAAAUAGACCCAUUAGACCUUGGCUUCGAAAUGUAUUAUACAACUAUUCGAGAGCACGUUGUACACUGUGCUAUAGUCUGGCAACGUUUGCAUAGGUUCACUACUGGUUCUCACGAAAAUCUUGUGAUUACAUCCUCGCUAGACGAGUCAAAGUUGGAGCAUACAGAACACUGCUCUCGUAUGUUGAUUAAAUGGGUUGACAAUUUUAACUCUACUAAGCUUCAAGAGCUAGAAACUCGAAAUAACCCUGGCUUUCAAACAUGUUCGAUACAGGAGAUUUGAUCAUCCAAUGGUGAUGUGAGUCUGGCUCUGUGAUUGAUUCAAAAUACGACUACAAUCUAAUACUGUAACUAAAAAUCUUAAAGUUGUCCUGUCACCUAUCUAGAUCAUCAGCUCGUAAUCUAUAUAGAGAUUUUACCUCUUUUAAGAAAAAUAUUUUCCGGCGGAAAAUGAGUAUAUAGUUGUUUUCACGAUA